CCCUACUCGUCCCUCCGCUCACCUGCCUCCUCUCGCUCCCAUGGCGAGAACGGGCCAAAAAACCCCAAGAAAGCCGGUGGAGACCCGAGAAAGAUUCACUGUGGCGGACGCGGAGGAGGAGAUGGCGGCGAUGGUGGGGGUAAGCUCCAAGGCGGAGCUGAAGCGGCGGAUGAAAGAGAUCAAGAAGGCCAAGUCCGGUGGCUUCGAGUCGCUCGGCCUCUGCUCUGAGGUCUACCGCGGCGUCAAGCGGAAGGGAUACCGCGUGCCCACGCCGAUCCAGCGCAAGACCAUGCCCCUUAUCCUCUCCGGGGCUGACGUCGUUGCCAUGGCCCGCACCGGGUCCGGGAAAACCGCCGCCUUCCUCGUCCCCAUGCUUCAGAAGCUCCGGCAGCACGUGCCGCAGGCCGGUGUCCGCGCCCUUAUUCUCUCGCCCACCAGGGACCUCGCUCUCCAGACGCUCAAGUUCACCAAGGAACUCGGCAGGUUCACUGAUCUUCGCACCAGUCUAUUGGUAGGUGGGGAUAAUAUGGAAGAUCAGUUUGAAGAGCUAGCACAAAAUCCUGAUAUUAUAAUUGCUACUCCUGGUCGGCUCAUGCAUCAUUUGUCAGAGGUGGAGGGCAUGUCUUUGCGUACUGUGGAAUAUGUAGUGUUUGAUGAAGCUGACAGUCUCUUUGGUAUGGGUUUUGCUGAGCAGUUGCACAAAAUUCUUUCACAGCUAAGUGAUAUGCGCCAAACUUUGCUUUUCAGUGCUACCAUGCCAAGUGCACUUGCAGAGUUUGCCAAGGCUGGUCUGCGGGACCCGCAACUUGUAAGACUUGAUUUAGACACCAAGAUUAGCCCAGAUCUUAAGCUGAUGUUCUUCACAUUGCGUCAUGAAGAGAAACUUGCUGCUUUGUUGUACUUAGUCAGGGAACAUAUCAGUUCUGAUCAGCAGACCUUGAUAUUUGUUAGUACUAAGCAUCAUGUGGAAUUUCUGAAUAUUCUCUUCAGAGAAGAGGGUAUUGAACCUUCCAUUUCCUAUGGUGAUAUGGAUCAGGAUGCCCGAAAGAUUCACAUUUCAAAGUUCAGAGCAAGGAAAACUAUGCUGUUAAUUGUGACAGAUGUUGCUGCAAGGGGCUUAGACAUUCCCUUGCUUGAUAAUGUUGUGAAUUGGGACUUCCCUCCAAAGCCUAAACUUUUUGUCCAUAGAGUUGGUCGAGCAGCUCGUGCGGGUCGGACGGGUACUGCCUAUUCUUUUGUUACAACAGAGGAUAUGCCUUACCUAUUAGACCUUCAUCUUUUCCUAUCAAAACCACUUAGACCUGCCCCUAGUGAAGAGGAAAUUCUCAGUGACAUGGAGGCAGUAUACUCAAGGAUUGAUCAAGCACUUGCAAAUGGAGAAACAAUAUAUGGACGUUUUCCUCAGCCAACUUUAGAUCUUGUUUCAGAAAGAGUCCGGGAGGUUACUGAUGGAAACACAGAACUAAUCUCAUUACAAAAUGUGUGUGCUAAUGCCUUUCGAUUAUAUUCUAAGGGAAAACCUUUACCUUCAAGGGAAUCCAUUAGAAGAAUAAAGGAUCUACCUCGUGAAGGGUUGCAUCCAGUCUUCCGAAGCGUCCUGGGAUCAAAUGAACUAGCAGCACUUGCUUUUUCUGAACGAUUAAAGGCAUUUAGGCCAAAGCAGACCAUAUUAGAGGCUGAAGGGGAAGCUGCAAAGUCAAAAAAUGCACAAGGUUCCAAUCAAUGUCUUGAAGUGAUGAGGAAAAAGAGAGCAGUUCAUGAGGAAGUAAUCAAAUUGGCCCGUCAGAAACGUUCUGUUGAUGAUGCAUCAAAGGGGAUGGAGGCUGCAAAAGAAUUGUCAGUAGACUGGAUGGAAAAAGAUAUCUGUUGUGCAAAAAGAAAGGUGUCAAAUUUUAAGGAUGACGAAUAUUAUAUAAGUUCUGUUCCCACAAAUCAGCAUUUGGAGGCAGGAUUGUCAGUAAAGAAUGAUGAAGGCUUUGGAUCAAGCAGAUUGGAUUCUGCUGUUCUUGAUCUAGUUGGAGAUGAUAGUACUGGUCUGCAGAAGCAAAAAUCUCAAUAUCAUUGGGACAAGAGAAGCAAGAAGUAUAUAAAAUUGAACAGUGGGGACCGUGUCACAGUUUCGGGCAAGAUCAAGAACGAAAGUGGUGCAAAAGUUAAGGCUGACAAAACAGGGCUAUACAAGAAAUGGAAGGAACGCUCCCAUCAAAGGAUCUCUCUUGGUGGAAUGGAAAAAGACAAUUUGCAGGAGGGUGGGUUAGCAGAGAGAGGAAAUAAGCAGCAUUAUAAAGGUAAAAGGAAGCGUUGGUCUGUUCCCAAUGCUAACGUGCCAUCUGAGCUAAAAGACCCCGAGCAAGUGCGCAAAGGAAGACAGCAGAAGGCCAAUAAAAUUGCUCAUCUGAAGACCAAAUCUUCCAAAGGGAAGAGAUUCAGUAAACAGAAGCGUGGUAAGAGAGAAAGGUGAAUGAUUUUUAAAACAGCUCAAUCAGAGCCUGCAGAAUGUAUGUUGUGCCAAUAUGGCUGAUGAAGUUGCUCACAAAUUUUGUUUUAUCCUUGUAAACCAAAGUAUAUUUAGAUUUCACUCUAUAGAUCAGCACAGUCAACCCUAAAUAGUUCUGACGCAAUUACUGAGCAGCAAUUAUCCUUGGAACCAUCUGAGCUGGCAAAAGAGAGUUGGUGCAAAUAGUGAGAACACUGUGGCCAAGGUUGCAAUCCAGUUUUGAUUUAUUCUUAUAAGCUAUAUCUUCUUUA